AUGUACACUCUCGAAACCUCUUCGCAUAUUCUUCAGCUAUUCCCGGUUCCAAAUGAACCUUACUAUGCGCUGGUAGAUCGGGCUAAGCCUAUAGAUUACUCAAUUGUACCUCUGGCCGCCAACACAGUGCUGGCCGUACAGCCCACAUCAACAACUACAACCACCUCAGGUGCAUCUAUCGACGACCCAGAUAUUCAGCUUGUCCUCGACGGAUUGCCAAUUGGUGAUGUUCCCGCUACAUCUCCGGCAACAUUGGCCGAUUUCAUGCUUUAUUGGAAAGAGGCGCUCUCGUCUCUUGCUGUAAACUCUUCAAAAACUGGUGUCAUUCCACAGACACAAGCCACCCCAGAAUCUUCACAAUCAUCACAACCUACACAACCCUCCGAAGUUAUGAAAACAUCACUUAUCCGGAACAUUGAGCCAUUCAAGACAUCUUUUCUUGAAGAUCGGAAGCUCAAGAUCCGAGCAAUUUCAUGGAACAUACAUGCAGAGCCUCUUACAAAAGCAAACAUCCACGCACUUCUCGGUCUUCCAGAACCCUUUGAUCUCUACAUUAUAGCCAUUCAAGAGUCCGACCAGCUUGGUCCUAAAAAUCUUUAUGCAAAUCAAACUACGCUUGCUGCCACCCAGGACUACGUUGUUCAGACUCUUGGUGGCCCAAACAAGUACCAGAUCGUCGCAGCAAACCAGCUUCUCGGUAUUAUGCUACUGGUCGUCGCUGCUGCGCCGCUUAUCCCCCAUCUGUCUGGAUUUACUCAAAACACAACAGGCACAGGAAUCUUUGGCAUAUGGGGUAACAAGGGCGCGGCCGUGGUUUCUUUCUACGUUGGCCAAGAUCUUGCAGUAGGUUUGGAAGGAACGCAUAUCUCUAUUCUCAAUUGCCAUUUGGCUCAUGGCGAAGGAAUCCAAGGCAUUGAGCGUCGUCGUUGGGAGCUUUCUGAAAUCCAAAAAAAACUCAAUAUCAAUGGGCUCAUUGGUAAGCGUGCGCCAAUGUUGAUUUUUUCCGGUUCAAAUGAUAAAGAAGAAAAGGAAUCUGAGAAAAAAGAAACCAAAGAAGAACCUAAAGAAGAACCUAAAGAAGAAUCUAAAGAAGAGCCUAAAGAAGAGUCUAAAACGGAACCUAAAGAAGAACUUGAGAAAUCAAAAAAUGAAGAUGACGACGAAGAUGACAGUAUCAUUGUAAAAGAAGAUCAAGAUAGCAUUAUUGCUAAAGACAACGACAGCAUUUCCGACGAGGACCUCGAAUCACUACCGCCUGUGCCUAUUGCUGCACCAUCAAUUGACUCCUCUCCUGAACCUGAACCUGAACUUGAAUCCACACCUUCAGUGACAAUUGUGCUCGGUGAUCUCAAUUAUCGAGUUGCUUUGGAUCCUGCUGUUGUUCAGGAUCUUGUUGAACAAGAGGACUACGAUACCAUUAUUACUCACGACCGCCUUAUUGUCGAGCACCAAAACAAGCGCCUUCUGCCUCGAUUCUCUGAAGCUCCCAUCAAGUUCCCACCCACUUACAAGUAUGUGGUUGGCACGGAUGACUUUGAUGAUACUAAACAGCCAGCUUCCGCUACUGCAUCGGGUACCAAGCGAGCCCGAGCUCCAUCCUACACAGACCGCAUUUUCUUUACCAGCGAAAAUACUUCAGAGCCAUGUACGGCAUCGAAAUAUGAAUCGCUCAUGGAGUACACCAUGUCUGAUCACAAACCAGUGGUGGCUAAUUUAGACGUGGUGGUCAAGACAGUAGACCCUGAAAAACGUCGUGUUGCUGUUUCAAAAGUAUUAAAGGAAUCAGAUGAUCGCGAGAAUUUGUCCAAGCCUACGGUCACGGUGACACCACGAGAAGUAGCUAUCAAUGAUGCCUUGGUUUUACGCCCAGCUGAGGCUACAGUGGCUUUACGGUACCAGCCUAAUGAGAAGGCUCCUAACAAGGUUCUCCACUGGCAAAUUUCACUUGCACCAGAUGCUCCAAUUGAUCCUUCAGCUCCAGAAAAUGCCUUUGUUCCAAGCACAGUCUCGUCCACAUCUGUAUCAAUUUGGCCUAAACAAGGCGUGCUUCCUCCGGGGGCAACGCAAUACAUCAAGUUUGGGUGCACGCUGCCCAUUGCCAAGGGCACUUCAACGGUUUCGCGCGUUGCAGUGCUUAAUAUUAUUGACACCCAGGACAUUUUUGUACCCAUUGAAUUUUCAGCACUUCCCACUAGCUUGGGUACUUCGCUGGACGUUUUGUCACGACUUCCGAAGGGCGCACGCUCAGGAACAGCAACCAUGUCGACAGACGAUGCGGGUGCCAAUAUGCCCAAGGAGAUUUGGAGCUGUGUGGAUUAUUUAUGGCAGAAUGUGGACCUUUUGUUUGCUGAGCCGCAUAAGAAGCUCAUGUGGGAAGAUGCGCUUCAGAAUGCCGAACCGUCGCUGCAACUGCAGGUGCAGGAAUGGCUUGAUCUUGGCGAGGAUUUCGACACAGUAGUACUUACUGCUGCAAAUGCAAUUGUAAAGCCUGGAAUGCCUUUAACAAGCAAGUCGAAUCUAGGGCUGUACUCGGUGGCUGCACAGUUUUUGUUACUGCUUGAAAACCUGGAUGGUGGUGUUGUGCCUGUCGAGUACUAUUCGCUGGUGCUUAAGGGUCGAGAAGGUGCGUUGCAAGCUUUGGAGCGUGUACCGCGGGUAAAUGUCAAUGUGUUGCUUUAUCUUGCUUCGUUUCUCAAGCUGUUGCUAGACAAGGAGCAGCAGGCCAACGAUGCGCGUGCUCAGAAAAAGGCUGUCGUCAAUGUUGCUGCUCCUAUAGACUCUACUCCGACUGCUUCAAAUGCCCCAGCUGAAGUGGCUGCAACACCAGUUGCUGGGGUACCAGUUUCAGUAACCCAAGAAUCUAAUAAUGAACAGGGGAAACAGCAACAAGUACGACCAAAGUCUCGAUCGAUCAGCGAGCGAUUUGCAAGUUCAUUUGGUGGGUUUGGGCAUAAUGCACUUGAUGCUGUAACGGCAGUUGGUACAGCAGUUGGCAACGGUGUUGUUGAGGCAGGCCAUGGUGUUGUGGAUGCAGGCAAGGGGGUUGGUACUGCUGUGACGAAUGGGCUAUCCAACUUGAAGAUUCCACUUCCAAGCACAGCUGGGGCAUCAUCGUCAUCUGGGGUUGAUGAUGUGAGUGAAGCUACAGCGGAGAUUAAAUUGGUGGAUAAUACAGACAAAGAGGAGCCAAUUCGCGUGGAUGCUGGACGUGCUCGGGCAAUGCUUUCAUUUUUUGAAGGAUACGUGAUUGCAAAGCCCAUAGGAUUUAAGGAAACUAAGGCGGCGAAGAAUGCACGGGUAGACUUUUUGGCCGAGCUUGUUGGAGUUUAG